AAGUAGCUGCCGAAGGAACAAGCAAGAAACAGUCAUUAUCUGCCGGAAAGAUGCUUUCAAAUCUCAUUAAUCUGAGAAAGCACAGCAUGAAUGAACCUUCUUUUAUUCUCUCUUUUUAGGGGGAAGAAAAGAAGGAGAGUAGUGGAGCUGACUGAGAAGUUAGUGAUGAAUUGCUAGAAUUGACGGAAGGUUUGAGGUUACAGGAGAGGAAGGUUAAUGUUAGCUAACCUGUAGUGGCUAUAAACUGCACAGAGAGAAGCUAGGGACACAAAUCCUUGUAGUUAUACGUGAGUGAGCACCAAGCCUGUUCACCAAAUACCAAGCGGUGUCUUUAAUGUCUUUGAGAUCUUCAUUAACUAUACUUUUUCACGGUGAACAUGCUAGCUGUCACUUAGCCUAGCCACCAGGUGCUAUCCAGGCAAGAGAGAAAGGGUAGAGUAAAGCCUCGGGUCAGUAACGCCCACCUGUCAGAAAUAUGUAGAUAUACCAUGUUGUCAAGGAUGGUGGUUGAUGGAUGCAAUGGACGAAGCUGUGAGUGGGAGGGACGAUGGAACCAUAUCAAAAAGUUUCUGGAAAGGUCGGGGCCGUUCACACCUCCGGAUUUUGAACCCAGCACAGAGUCAAUGCAGUUCAUGUUGGAAACCUGCAGGAUUCUAGUCAUUGGUGCUGGUGGUCUGGGGUGUGAGCUGCUGAAAGACCUGGCUUUAUCAGGCUUCCGAAACAUUCAUGUUGUAGACAUGGAUACUAUUGAUGUUUCAAACCUGAAUCGUCAGUUCCUCUUCAGGCCAAAAGAUGUAGGUCGACCCAAGGCGGAUGUUGCAGCUGAUUUCAUCAACAAGCGCAUACCUGGAUGCUGUGUUGUUCCACAUUUCAAGAAAAUCCAAGACUUAGAUGAAACAUUCUACAGGCAAUUUCAUAUAAUUGUCUGUGGACUGGACUCUGUAGUUGCCAGGAGGUGGAUGAAUGGCAUGCUGCUGUCUUUGCUGGUGUACGAGGACGGUGUCUUGGACCCAGGUUCCAUUAUUCCUCUGAUUGAUGGUGGGACAGAGGGCUUUAAAGGCAACGCCAGAGUCAUUCUUCCUGGCAUGUCUGCCUGCAUUGACUGUACCCUUGAGCUUUACCCUCCUCAGGUCAACUUCCCCAUGUGUACGAUAGCUUCCAUGCCCCGUUUGCCGGAACAUUGCGUUGAGUAUGCUCGAAUGCUGCUAUGGCCCAAAGAGAAACCAUUUGGGGAUGGUGUGGUCCUGGAUGGGGAUGACCCAGAACACAUCCAGUGGGUGUAUCAAAGAUCUCUGGAGAGGGCUGCAGAGUUCAACAUUACAGGAGUGACAUACAGACUCACACAGGGUGUUGUUAAGAGAAUAAUUCCAGCUGUUGCAUCGACAAAUGCUGUCAUAGCUGCUGCUUGUGCCACAGAGGUUUUCAAAAUAGCAUCAAGUGCCUAUAUACCCCUAAAUAACUACAUGGUCUUCAACGAUGUUGACGGCUUGUACACCUACACUUUUGAAGCAGAACGGAAGGAAAACUGUUCAGCCUGCAGCCAAGUACCCAUGGACUUGAGCUUUUCUCCAUCUUCCAAACUCCAAGAGGUUUUGGACUUCUUGACUGAGAGUGCCUCGCUACAAAUGAAAUCCCCUGCUGUAACUGCAACAGUGGAAGGAAAGAACAAAACGUUAUAUUUACAGUCUGUCGCUUCAAUUGAACAGAGAACGCGGCCAAAUCUGUCCAAAACCUUAAAAGAGCUCGGCCUGUCUGAUGGACAAGAGCUAGCUGUUGCUGAUGUCACCACACCUCAGACCAUGUUGUUCAGACUAUGCUUCACCUCAUAGGAUAAACUCAAGCACUCCCAUAAACAGCUGAUGUCAUUGUGUUACUUGGCAAACUAUGACUUGGUGCAGGAUUUAUAACAGCCUCAUAAGUAGAACGUUUACAGUGUACCAGAUCACAGUGUAAAUGGAUUUAGCUUUUUUGUUUGUUUUAAUGUACUCAUUGACUCAAAUUAACUUAAUGCACUGAAAAGCCAAAUCAUAGUUCAUAUUCUGCCAUGUUUUGGUGAUACGUUUUCUGUAAAUGUUGCAGAUUUCUGCAUUAAUGUUUAUCUGCACUACAUCCAAAGGUGUACUCUGGGCAAACAAGAAGACAAGUGUUUGUAACUUUGGAAAAAAAGGUUCUGUACUUGUUUUGGUUUUGGAUAUCUUGAAUAUUUAUUUAUUCUAACAGUUGUUUAGUUGCAGUAACCACUGAAGUGGUACCUCACAGACAUCGAUAAUGUUUUGUGAACUGGAAUAAAAUGUUUUUCUUACA